AUGGAAUGUCAGGACCCUUCUGAUACUGGCACAUAUGGUGCUCUGAAGAAGAACUGCCCUUGUGAACAUUAUCACACAUAUGUUCACUCUCCUGCCUCUCACCGACCCCGCCCUCACCGACCCCGCCCUCCACCAACCCCGCCCUCCCACCAACCGCCCUCACCAACCCGCCUUCACCAACCGCCCUCCACCGACCCCGCCCUCACCAACCCCGCCCUCACCGACCCCGCCCUCACCAACCGCCUUCACCAACCCCGCCCUCACCGACCCGCCCUCACCAACCCCGCCCUCACCAACCCCGCCCUCACCAACCCCGCCCUCACCGACCCGCCCUCACCGACCCCGCCUCCCUGCGACCCCGCCCUCACCAACCCCGCCCUCACCAACCCGCCCUCAUCAACCCCGCCCUCAUCAGCCCCGCCCUCAUCACCCGCCCUCAUCAACCCCGCCUUCACCAUCCCGCCUCACCAACCCCGCCCUCACCAACCCCGCCCUCAUCAACCCCGCCCUCAUCAGCCCGCCCUCACCAACCCCGCCUCAUCCUUCCCCGCCCUCACCAACCCGCCCUCAUCAACCCCGCCCUCCACCAGCCCCCCUCCACCAACCCCGCCCUCAUCAACCCCGCCCUCACCAACCCCGCCCUCACCAACCCGCCCUCCCUGCUCCCGCCCUCAUCACCCCGCCCUCACCAACCCCGCCCUCACCAACCCCGCCCUCUGCAUCGCCCUCACCAACCGCCCUCACCAGCCCCGCCCUCAUCAACCCCGCCCUCAUCAACCGCCCUCAUCAACCCCGCCCUCACCAACCCGCCUCACCGACCCCGCCUCAUCAACCCCGCCCUCAUCAACCCCGCCCUCAUCAACCCCGCCCUCACCAACCCCGCCCUCACCAACCCCGCCCUCACCGACCCCGCCCUCACCAACCCCGCCCUCAUCAACCCCGCCCUCAUCAACCCCGCCCUCACUGCUCGCCCUCAUGAGCCCGCCCUCACCAACCCCGCCCUCACCAACCCGCCUCACCAACCCCGCCCUCACCAACCCCGCCCCCAUCAACCCCGCCCUCACCGACCCCCCCCUCACCAACCCCGCCUCAUCAACCCCACCAACCCCGCCCUCACCACCCCGCCCUCACCCCCCGCCCUCACUCAACCCCGCCCUCACCGACCCCCCCUCACCAACCCCGCCCUCAUCAACCCCGCCCUCACCAACCCCGCCCUCACCAACCCCGCCCUCACCAACCCGCCUCACCAACCCGCCCUCAUCAACCCCGCCCUCACCGACCCCCCCUCCACCAACCCGCCCUCAUCAACCCCGCCCUCCUCGCCCCGCCCUCACCAACCGCCCUCACCAACCCGCCCUCAUCAACCCCGCCUCAUCAACCCCGCCCUCACCAACCCCGCCCUCACCAACCCCGCCCUCAUCAACCCCGCCCUCACCAACCCGCCCUCCUGCUCGCCCUCACCAACCCCGCCCUCAUCAACCCCGCCCUCCACCAACCCCGCCCUCACCAACCCGCCUCACCAACCCCGCCCUCACCGACCCGCCCUCACCAACCCCGCCCUCACCAACCCGCCCUCAUCAACCCCGCCUCACCAACCGCCCUCACCGACCCCGCCCUCACCAACCCGCCCUCCACCAGCCCGCCCUCACCAACCCCGCCCUCACCAGACCCCGCCCUCACCAACCCCUUCAUCAACCCCGCCCUCAUCAACCCGCCCUCACCAACCCCGCCCUCACCAACCCUCCUCCCAUUGCCUCACCGACCCCGCCCUCCACCGACCCGCCCUCAUCAACCCCGCCCUCAUCAACCCCGCCUCAUCAACCCGCCUCACCAACCCGCCCCCAUCAACCCCGCCCUCAUCAACCCCGCCCUCACCAACCCCGCCCUCAGCGACCCGCCCUCACCAACCCCGCCUUCACCGACCCCGCCCUCACACCCCGCCCUCAUCAACCCCGCCCUCAUAACCCGCCCUCACCAACCCGCCCUCCACCAACCCCGCCCUCACCAACCCCGCCUCCACCGACCCCGCCCUCACCACCGCCCUCAUCAACCCGCCCUCACCAACCCGCCCUCACCAACCCCGCCCUCACCAACCCCGCCCUCACCAAGCCCGCCCUCACCACCCUACCCUCACCACCCCGCCCUCACCAACCCCGCCCUCUACGUUUCGCCUUAAAAUUGUUCUUCACAUUGGUGGUAAAAGUUAUGGGGGUACUUGUAAGCCCGGACCUACGGCCUAGAAAACAGUGCGUUAAUGUU